AUGACAAAAAUCCUCGUUCUCCCGGGUGUUCCUGAUGGGGAGGAACUCACGCUCCCUACAAUAAUCACCUCAAUUGAUCUAUCUGAUGGGGAGGAGUUGGCACCCCCUACAAAAAUCAAAUCCAGUGACAAUUGGACCAUUAAGACCGUUGUUUAUUCUAGUGAGGAUGAAUCAGAUAUAGAAGACGUUCUGCUAGGAAAUUGGGACCUCAUUGGACAAUUUUUCCUUCUCUCACCAGAUGAAAGUUAUGUUCGACGUGUUAAGAUUGUUGAGCUUAACUACAAGCACAACCGCAACAAGGACAUUCAGCCUGCACAUAUUCAACUAUGCCUGAACAUUGACAAAGGUGAAUAUGAACGUGUCAUGGCUUACCAUAACAUCCACAAGUGGUCAGAAAUUGAUGCAGACACCCCCAUUGUUUGGAAGCUCAAGCGAGUUGUAUGCCGCCAUCACUACAUUCGACUUGAACACCCUUCUUACCUGGGUCUGACCUAUUGUAUGGCCAUUGGAUGGAAACAUGGGGAGAAUACCCCAGAACCACUGAGCAUCACUGGAGCCGAUGAUUCAGUGACCUACACUAUACAUGCCAGAAAUCACAACCUGUUGGAAAGUCAAGGUUGUAAACUUCUUGUAAAUAUAGUCAAGGACAAGAAGAAACUUCUUUGUCCAACCAAUCAAGUCAAGCCGAGAUUGCUACACACUACUUCACCAAAGUAUAUGUAUUACUACGAGAUCCAGAAGGAGCACAAUGGUGUCCUUCAACUUGACAAACUCCAUGGCAACACCAACUGGAAACACGCCACCAAAGUCAAAAUAGAUCUGCUUGCAAGGUACAAGGUCCUUGUGGAUAUGGGGAGAGGAAUCCCAACACCAAAAGAUCACCAAAAGUUCCAAGUCCGACAUGCCAAUGCCCUUAAACAUUGUGACAAACACAAGCCCAGACUCCUACCUUAUGGUGACUUUACCUACAUACCGCCAAACAAAACAAAACCCUACUGUCUAUUGACAGACCAAUUGGUUGCUGGUAUUGUUGGAAAUCGGUUCUGGCGGACAUCAGACAAGCGACUGGCUUGUCGUCGUCCAAACCAAUUGACAACGUUGUGGCCCAUCAAGCCAUGA